CUUCACACCAUCUCGUGACUAAAUUAUUAUGUAAAAUAAUAAUUUACCUUCAAGAUUAUUUGUGUAUGCCAAAUUGAUGAGAUUAUAAAAAAUUUAGUUAAUAAUAAACAGAUUUAAUUCAAACUUAAAUUACCGAAUCUUUAUCCAUUGUUUAAGUGAUUCAUAAGAAAUAAAUACCUCUCCAUAAGUUUUAUAUAACUUAUUUGUAAUUAUGUAACUGCCAUCUUACUGUACAUCUAAUAAAAAGAUCAAGUUAACAAAAAUAUAAAUAAUGUAAAUUGUUAUAUAAGAAAUCAUUGACCCUACAAUAACUAAAUCUAAUACAAAUAAUAAGGGUUAAUUGCAUGUUUGGUCACUGAGAUUACAAAAAACGUUCUAUGUUUGGUCACUCGAAAUAUUUAAAUUCAUUGGUAGUCCUUGAGUUUAGUAAAACCGUUCACGUUUAGUCACUCUCCGUUAGUCGCCGUCAAUUUUCGUUAAGAAAGUCCGUUAAGUGAUGACGUGGCAGACAUAAUUGUCUAAUCAUUCCUAUUUAACCGAAAAUAGUGACGCCCGACCCGCCACGUCACUAAAAUCCGCAUGUCAUCUGGACCAACCCAACCCUCUAACCAAACUUGACCCAACCUUUGAACUGACCGACCCAAAUCAAAUCCCUAAAAUCUAAAUCAGAACUGAACUUCUUCCCUUCUUCGAUCCUGCACCUCCUUCCUUCCUCCCGACUUUCUUCCUCUUCCCCUCUCUUCGAUAUUUCACCGGCGACAAGGAGCCAAGGAGGGAUAGAGCGGCCUCCAUCGCCACCCACUCCCUCGCUGCAACAAACACGAAAACACAGAUCUCACUAACUCUCCUCUUCUUCCCGUCCAAGCGUUAUUUCUCCGUUCCAAUCAUCAAUUAUUUCUCCUCUUCGAUCUGUUUCACGGUGGACUAUCUUCAUGUGUAAACAAUUUCAAUAGGGAUGCAACAAAUAAUGAAGAAAUUACCAUGAAUUUCCUAGUUUCAAGAAGAAUUCCAGCCGACCCAGAUGGAUAAUUCAAUGAAGGACGAACAAAACUCUAAUGACACAAAGUUUGAGUAGUAAUUAGUGUAAUUACUAAUAAUCACCAAUUAUAUCGGUCGUCAUUCUUCCAUUGGAGUACCUCCCAGUUGCGAUGCCGAAAGGGAAAUUGAUGUCGCAAGGAGGGUAAUUGGCUUUCACCUUGGUAUUGAGAUUGUUGUUGCAAACGUCGAACAGAGAGUCACCGAUAUGAAAUAGCAGGGCACUUUCGGCUCCCGAGAUCCAUCAUCGACUACUGCUGCACCGACGAGUGAGUGAGAUAUGUGUUUGUUGCAGCAAGGGAGUGGGUUGCGAUGGAGGCGGAUCUAUCCCUCUUUCGUCAUCGGUGAAAUAUCGAACAAAGGGGAAGAGGAAGAGAUUCGGAGGAAGGAAGGAGGCGCAUGAUCAAAUAAGGGGAGAAGUUCACUUCUGAUUUAGAUUUUAGGGAUUUGAUUUGGGUCGGUCAGUUCAAAGGUUGGGUUAAGUUUGGUUAGAGGGUUGGGUUGAUCCAGAUGACAUGUCGGAUUUUAGUGACGUGGCGGGUCGGGCGCCACUAUUUUUGGGUUAAAUAGGGAUGAUUCGACAAUUCUGUCCGCCACGUCAUCACUUAACGGACUUUGUUAACGGAGAUUGACGCCGACGGCGACUAACGGAGAGUGACCAAACGUGAACGGUUUCACUAAACUAAAGGACUACCAAUGGAUUUAAAUAUUUUGAGUGACCAAACAUAAACAUUUUUUGUAAUCUCAGUGACUAACCAUGCAAUUAACCCCAAAUAAUAAAGAGCUUAUAGUAAAUUAUAAAGCUUCGUAUAAUACAUUUGUAAUUACAUAUGUUGGGGGUAUGGCUAAGAAGGGAAGCCCAAGUCCAGGCCCAAACAGUCACCAUCAUAGGGUGGAGCCGUCAGGAAAGCCCAUCGGGCCGAGCCCAAGCAUGAAUGGGGGAUCUUGAAGAUGAAGCUUAGAAAAGUCCAAAGAAGUACGGAUUAUCGGUGGUCCCCCUGGAGAGGCGCCUGCUAUGUGUCAGAAGACUGACAAGUUGGUCGGGGCGCCUAACCCGACAAAAGUACGAAGUGUUUAAUGAUAUGCUGAUGUGGAGCUGGUUUGAAGGAGCCUGGUCCAGGGCUGGGUAAGUAUAAAUAGUGCUGGUAGGUAACAUUAAUGGAGGUUUGAUUCUCUCACUAAAAGCUAGGGUAGAGCACUUCUCUCUCUAGGAUACAUACUAACUUGAGCGUUGGAGGAUUAACGGGCCCGUGCGGCCCCUCUGUGUGUCUUGUGUGUAGGUGAGACUUCCAAAGGAAAAAAGGAGGAGCAUUAGUGGAGGGGAUCAGACUUCCAGGUAUCAGGGCUCGAACAAUUGGCGCGCUAGGAAGGGGGAGAACGAUCACAAAAAUGGAGGCGCCUAUAGGUGGAGAGGAGGAGCAGUGAAACGAACCGAUCCUUUUGACCAAACCGAAAUAACCAUGGCGCCAGAGCCGAUUAAAAAUAAGACUCAAAAUUUCAUUAACACGAAUACAACAGUAUCAUUUUCAAAUAAAAUGCCCUAAACACUUGGGCAACCUCAAUCCUUAGUCAAUAAAACAACAUAACUUUGAGUCUUAAACCUCCAGUUUAUACUCAUAACCAUGAACAUAACCAACUAACUAAAUAAACUCUAACUCUAACUCUAACUCCUCGCUGAGCUCCCUGAGACCUUGCCAAUGCUGGUACGGCUGCUCGCCUCGUCCUGCCUCUUCCCAAAACCACGUCUGAUAACCCUUCCUCAACCUGGUGAGUGAGAAGGGGUCAGUCUCGUCGUUACUUCCUAAGGUCUUUCCCUAAGCAAACCCUUACUAAAACACGUUAUUAGCGUUCCCUUUCCUUGGAUGAAAGUCGUUCUCGCUUUCAUCCUUAAUAACUUAUUUCAACAUUAGCUCAUAGAAUUUCUCGACUUCUAUCCUUAACUCAACACAAAAUACAAGGACCACUGCAUUACAUCUACCCGUUCGGUGUCCUACCCGAGUAUGCCAACCGCGUUACGUCUCGCCGUCUGGUUGCAUACCCAAACUCGGCAAUGGCACUACGUUACGUCUCGCCGUCCAGUCCAUGCCCGGUCAACUACUGUGUUACGUCUCGCCAUCCAGUAGUGACCCCAACAAGCGAUCAACUGUUGCGUUACGUCUCGCCGUCCAGCAGUGAUCCGACCAACUACCGCAUCCAGUAGUGGCCCAACCGCCCGGGGGUUCAGGUACCAUACAUCUACACACAUUCAUACAUAGCACAACGCGUGCCUCCACCUUAAGUAGACGGUGAGAUGUCUCACACACAUAAUCGCGCUUACUUGAAAAUAACCAACAUAACUUAAUUAAAAGACAUAAACUAAAAGACCUCGACAAAGAUUUUACCCCCUUUACACUCACCUUGAAACCGUCGAAACGAUCUCUGAUUCUGAUCUAAAAAUUCCUUGACUCGCUCCCAUUAAAUACUCCUUGUUCCCAAGAUUCCAUAGGCGCUGACGGUUCCUCAAUCGGACGUCGAUUGAUCGAGUUAUGACCAAAUAAAUAUUUCGUCAGUUCAAAAGUACCAAGUACCGAAACUGUAAUUUUCCAGUCAACUCUGUCGACCACGACCUCUCUGAAAAAUUACUAAUUUAAUCAUCUACCUUUUCGAAUUGUCAAGAAUGGUACCUGAACUAUCCAAUUUGCAUCCCAAACUUUCGAGGCUUGUAUCUCCCUCGUCCGACGUCGAAAUUCAAUUCCGUCAAAACCGAGAUGUUCCUGAGAUAGCCCUCUUCUCAAUGAUACCCACCACUCAAAGAAUUUUUGAAGUCGACUACGCCAGUGCCGCCAAUGAAACUUUCCGGUGAACCUUGAAUGCUUCGCCGUCGACUACAGUUUAUGAACAUGGAUUUGGGUUAAUUUCCGAUGAAUCUAUCUUAGGAAGCUGGUUAGGGUCGCCGCAUCUUACCUCCACUAUACGUACACGAGAGAGCCCUAGUCAUGGCCGUCUAGAGGUGAUGUGCGACUCGGCUGGUAAUUGUCGGUUUUGCUUGGAUGGCGAGACGUCAUGGAGAUAGCAGUUGCGGCGAUGCUUGUCUCUGCUUGUGGAGAGAAUCUGAUGUUAGAGUAGUCAAAGAGUAAAGGAAAUACCACAUUGGUGGGAGAAAGAAAGUGCAAGUUGUUUUUAAGUUUGCUUUCCACUUUAGUUAUUGGAUAAAGUGGUUAGUGGGCUUUUGGAAAAAGUGUGGGCUAUUUCAUUGGACAUAUUAAAUCGCACUACGCACUACGCACUUUGCAUGUUUGCGCGACGCGUUCGGAUUUGAAUUUUUGGCUAAUUAAUUACCGGAAUUGUUUUAAUUAAUUAAUCCGGAUAAUUAUUUGAUUUUGAGUUUUGUGAAACGACGCAACCCUUCGGAAGGGAACUACCGUUUUCACUAUAAAAGUCUUCUGCAGCCGAAUUUCUGUUCUAACGUUCUUCUUCUUCUCCUCGUUUUCCUUCUUCAAAAACACAAACACAGAAGUCAAGAAAGGUGCUGCUUUCUGACUUUGAUUGGAGGGACUCCUGGGGGUGGUUUGCCUAAAUCCUACCAGCAACAAAGUAGUGGGGGCAAAUAAACACUCUAAGGAGAGUGAUCUAAUCACGCCUUCAAUCGUUCUCUUCCAUACGGUUUCCCUGACAUAUGAGAGAAAAGAGGCGAGGUGUUUGUUUGGGUCCUUGUCUCUGUAGGUUUGUAGUGUUAUUAAGGCAGAGAGAAAGACGUUUGAGUUGCUGCUGUUGAUGAGGGGAAGGAAAGGUACGUAACGUUGCUACGUACUAAAUGGGGAUUUAAUCCUCUUCUUCCUUUUUUUUUUACUUUCCCCCUUUUUCUUUGAAUACGCGGAUGAUGAUCACUUUAAUAAUAAUAACAAUAAUGUUAUUAUUAUUAUUAUUAUUAUUAUUAUUAUUAUUAUUUUUUUUUUUUUAAUUCACGGUUACACCUCUUCGUACAUAACCGUUGAUCCAACCGUUCAUUUCUUAUGAUUGAACCUGGACUCAAAUAUCGGCGUGUUACAAGCAGGUCACAGGGAACCCGUCUCAUGAGGUGAGGGAGCAGACGCCUGACGCAAUCGAGGGUCAAGGAAGUGAGGCGAGGUAUCUUUACUCGGAGGGCGCCUCGAUUACUAAAAAAGAUUUAUUUAAAAUCAUUGAGGACCAAGACGAAGCCAUUGAGAUUCUCAGGCGAGAACUGGAAGCGCCGAAGAAGGGAGAGAGAUUGACUCCCAGCCAGGUGUCAAGAAAGAGAGAGAGGACUGCGGAAAUGGAAGGGGAGUCUGACCAACCUAGGCGUCCCGCGUUUGGAUGACGCCCGAAUGACCAUGCAGGUUCGGACCUCGACACUCGAAACGGGUGGGCGCUCGAGCGACUAACCCGACACUUCACUGUGAGGCAGCCUUUGGCGAGGAACGUGCUGGUGGAACCUGCAGGAACCAGCAUUCCACCACUACCUACUUAUGAUGGGACAUCGGAUCCGGGCGACCAUUUCAAUGGCUAUUUCACAAAGAUGCAGUUGUACAACAACUCAGACGCCACCUUGUCCAAAGUGUUCCCAUCAACUUUCGCAGGGAUAAUGCUUGACUGGUAUCACCAAAUUGAAGAGGGGCGCAUAGAAUGAUUCGAGCAAUUUGCGGCGAUGUUCUUGUCAAAGUUUGCUAGUCAAAAGCGUCGCACCCUAACCAUAGGUGCCUUGUUCAAAACCAAACAAAGGGAUGGAGAGACGCUUAGAGUAUUCUACGAAAGGUGGAUUUCUGUAGCUAUGGCGGUAAAGGAUGUGCAGACGCCUGUGUUGGGGUGCUGCCUAGAAUAUUGCACUACAAGUGAGGAACUCUGUCGAGCACUAGCGAAGAGAGAUGUGGUGUCGACGGAGGACUUGGACCACCGGGUUCAGAAGGUGAUAAUGUUGGAGGAGACGCUGGCGGCAAGGAGGACAGACAGGCGCCGUGUAAGAGGAGAGGAAGGGGAAGCUUCACGAAUAUCGAUUCCUGCACCAGGACCAACAUACCAUGAUACGAACUCAUACCAAUAUUUGAAACACGGUUUGGGUCGGGUUCUACGGAUUGUGUAAUCCAAACCCAACCCAAAAGAGGCGGGUUGUACAAAAGAAAACCCUCACCGAACCUAAAACCUUAGUUUUAGUAAUAAAUAUGGAUAAAUUGGGUUGGAUUGGACGGGUGGGCCGGUUGCGAGUGCUUGUUCACCCCUAACUUUACCCCACCCCCACAGCCAUAGUAAAGUAGUCAGUGCCAAGUUGUUAAAUUAUUACUUUCAAUCUUAUUUGGUCCUUUAAUUUGGGGAGGAUGAAAGAUCGGAAAAUUAUAACCGAUAAUGACGUUUUUUUGAACAUAUAUAAUUAUUGGAUUUUUGUUAUCUGUUGUGCUCAUUCAAGCAAUUAUAUUAUCUAUAAAUGUUCUCAAAAAAUUAUUUUAUCUAAAUGUGUUUCAUAAAUACAAUAACAACAACAAUAAUAAUAAUAAUAAUAAUAAUAAUAAUAUUAUUAUUAUUAUUAUUAUUGUGUAAAACGUAACCAGGAAAUGCAGGCAUGGGGCCAUCAUUUAUUCCUAUGUAGUUCGUUUUAUUGUAUUGUAUUGUAUUGUUGUGGCUAGACAAGAAAUUGCCGGCUGGAUCAAGGACAUCUUGUCAUUUGUUGGGCCUUGUAGGUUGUAGCUGAUUAUUGCACAAAGCUUUGACCGGCCGGUCUGAAUGAAUCAAACUCUUUGAAAUGAAAAUGGGAUCUUCAUUCUCCCCUAUUUUGUUUGAUUCUAUAGUAUAUUCGGUCGUCAAAAUUUUCAUAGUAGUUUGUGGUGGUGCCCCGCCCCCGCUAGCUAACAUAGAAAGAGAUUCCCGGAUAACAGUAGUCUCUAUGUGAAUCUCUUCCCGACCAGGCCAGGCCGAAUCGGGCCACCACUUGGGAUGGGAAUGGCUCAGCCCACAUGCAUCAUUUGAUGAAAGCACUCCAGUCCAGUCGCCUCCUCGAAGUGGCUUGUCAACCACGGGGCAAGGAAGAAGCUUAUUUUACUCGUCUCGUUUGCUCCCGCCGGGACUCUUCUCUGAAGUCUUGGAAGGAGAAAGAUAUUCCUACGACGAACUCGAGUAGAUUACUUCGAGACCAGACACAAAAAAUUGACCGAAAAGUCGCUUCGUGACCAUGCAUUAACUAAUUUGAAACCUUGCUUCGAUUAUGCAUAUAACAAUGAGUUUUGUAUAGAUACACAUGCAUAUAGCAUCUAUAUAUUAAGCAUAUUAAUCUAUAUAUUAAGCUUAUUAGAUGAUCCAUUUUUUGAUGCUCACCAAAAGGUAGAAAAGUAUAUGGAGGACUCGGUCGUUAUGAACAUAAUAACAACAUUAAUUAUAAAUGUCGUCCUUUGCAUUAUUAUUACGAGCAUAAGCCAAUACGUACGUAGAGUAAAAAAAAUUCGUUCCCUGAUUGUGUUAUGUAGCACAUAUAUAUGUAAAUGAAUAUUUUUGGGUGUAAUAUAUAUGAUGAUUGAUGAGAAAGGUUGUAUUUAUUCUUGGAGAUGCAGAAAACGUACGUCCCAAAGAUAAGGACUUGGGCCCAACUCCAAAGGCCGGCCGAUGCAAAGUGCAAACUAACCCCCGGCCCUUGCUAAUUCCGGCGGCAAGUAUAUCCUCACAAAUAUUCCUCAAGAGAAAGCAAAGUUUAUAUAUUGACGAACAAUGAUGGGGACGCCGACAAGAAAAAUAUAUAUAGUAGAGAAGAUUAAUAUAUAUAUAUUUCUCGUUCCAAAUCACUAUAAGGCAACGAAACACUCUAUACAUACAUGUAAUUGGACCGGGAACACAAAAGUAGAGAAGAGAAAAGAAAAGAAAGGAGAGGUAUUAAUUAAUGGAGCAAGAAAAGCACAAGGAGGACGGAGAGGUCGAUGAUGAUGAUCGUGGAAGCAGCGGGCGGGCGCGGGUGGAUGAAGGUGAUGAUGGCGAUGUGAAGAAGGAGAAGGAGAAGGAGGAGGCAGCGAGGAAGAGUAGAGCGGUGCCGUUUAGGAAGCUGCUUAUGUAUGCCGAUGGGUUGGACUGGUUGCUAAUGGGGCUGGGGGUGUUGGGGUCUGUAGUACAUGGGAUGGCUCAGCCUGUGGGAUAUCUGUUGCUUGGCAAAGCUCUCGAUGCCUUCGGCAACAACAUCAAUGAUGAUGUCGCCAUGGUCAAGGCCUUGGACAAGGUUAUUCCAUUUGUCUGGUACAUGGCCAUAGCUACCUUUCCUGCUGGAGUACUUGAGAUUGGUUGCUGGAUGUACUCAAGCGAACGGCAACUGGCAAGAUGGAGAAUAGAGUACUUGAAAUCCGUGCUUGGCCAAGAAGUUGGAGCUUUUGAUACCGAGUUGACCACCGGAAAGAUCAUAACAGGGGUCACCAAUCACAUGAGUAUCAUUCAAGACGCCAUUGGAGAGAAGCUGGGCCACUUCCUGUCGAGCUUCGCCACAUUUUUUUCAGGGGUCUUCAUCGCGGCCAUAUGCUCAUGGGAAGUCUCACUCCUAACCCUUAUGGUGGUUCCUAUGAUCCUUGGAAUCGGGGCCACCUACACCAAGAAGAUGAACGCCAUCUCUGCCUUGAAAAUGGGCUACCUAUCUGAAGCAACAAGCAUGGUUGAAGAGACAAUCACUCAGAUCAAGACGGUUUUUGCAUUUGUUGGAGAGUCUCGAGGUGUCAAGGCUUUCACUGAGUGCAUAACCAGGCAACUCUCGCUGAGCAAAGUUGAAGCAUUGACGAAAGGGAUAGGGACUGGGAUGUUUCAGGCAGUGACCUUCUGUUCAUGGGCAAUCAUCAUCUGGAUUGGAGCCCUUGUUGUCACUUCAGGGAGAUCAGCUGGCGGAGAUGUGAUUGCAGCUGUCAUGAGCAUUCUCUUCGGCGCCAUAUCCUUGACUUAUGCUGCUCCAGACAUGCAAGUUUUCAACCAGGCAAUGGUGGCUGGAAAUGAGAUUUUGCAAGUGAUCCAAAGGAAACCCAAAAUAGCAACCCAUCAUCAUGACUCCAAAUCAGCAAAGACGACGGCGCUAGUGCUAGACAAGGUGGACGGCAACAUUGAAGUACGUGAUGUGUACUUUGCCUAUCCCUCAAGGCCAGACAUGUUGGUCCUCAAGGGAUUCUCCUUGUCCAUUCCUGCUGGCAAAAUGGUGGCUUUGGUUGGCAGUAGCGGUUGUGGGAAGAGUACCAUCAUUUCACUUGUGGCCAGGUUUUAUGACCCCUUGAGAGGAGACGUUCUCAUUGACAACCACAACAUUAAGGACCUGGAACUUGGCUCACUCAGAAACAAGAUUGGAGCUGUCUCUCAGGAACCCUCUCUAUUUGCUGGCACCAUCAAAGACAACUUGAGGGUAGGAAACAUGGAGGCCGACGACCAAAAGAUCCAACACGCGUCAGAGAUGGCCAAUGCUCACUCCUUCAUCUCGCAGCUGCCUAACCAAUAUUCCACGCAGGUGGGGCAGAGGGGAGUACAGUUAUCUGGAGGGCAAAAACAGAGGAUUGCCAUAGCUAGAGCCAUUGUGAAGGACCCUCCAAUCCUUCUUCUUGAUGAGGCUACUAGUGCACUUGAUUCAGAAUCCGAGCGCCUGGUCCAAGAUGCCCUCGAGAAGGCCAUGCAAGGGAGAACGGUUAUACUCAUUGCACACAGGAUGUCCACCAUAAUCAAUGCUGAUAUCAUUGCAGUUGUGGAGAAUGGACAGGUGGCACAGACAGGAACACAUCGUAGCUUGCUGGAAUCAAAUGCCUUCUACAAUAAUUUGUGCAUCAUGCAGAAUCUCAAUCCUGACGAUGAUGCAGAUGCUGACGAUCAUUCUUCAAGGACUGAAGCUGGUUCAAAAGAAACAGUAACAAAUGCCGUCAUCCAGGAGGAGACCACUUUGCCAACAGAUGAUGAUCAUCUGCUGCAGGAACAGAAAGAUGCGUCCCAGUCCUAUGAAGCUCCAAGCGCGGUCUCAGACCAACAAUCGAAAGGAAAGAAGAGACGUCGUCAUAACUUCUUCAGAAUUUGGUAUGGGCUGAGAAAGCAAGAAAUAGUGCAGGCUAGUAUUGGCUCAUUUGCAGCCGCCUUCUCAGGAAUAUCAAAGCCGUUUUUUGGGUUCUACAUUAUCACCGUGGGAGUAGCUUACUACCAAGGUCAUGCAAGGCGUAAAGUCGGAAAGUACUCCAUCAUUUUUUCUUUGGUUGGUUUGAUCUCUUUGUUCAGCCACACCUUGCAGCAUUACUUCUUUGGAGUGGUAGGGGAGAAGGCCAUGACCAACCUAAGGAGAGCUCUAUACUCAGGUGUACUGAGAAACGAACUGGGUUGGUUUGAGAAACCAGAGAAUAACAUUUCCGGUCUCACUUCAAGAAUCAUCCACGACACAUCCUCUGUAAAAACCAUAAUCGCCGACCGCAUGUCCGUCAUCGUCCAAUGCGUCUCCUCCAUCCUGAUAGCAACCGUCGUCAGCAUUCGAGUCGACUGGAGAAUGGCACUGGUAGCUUGGGCAGUAAUGCCCUGCCACUUCAUUGGAGGGCUCAUCCAAGCCAAAUCCGCCAAAGGCUUCUCCGGCGAUUCCGCCGCUUCUCACCGGGAACUCGUCGCCCUCACAUCCGAGUCCACAUCCAAUAUCCGGACCGUCGCCUCAUUCUGCUACGAGCCCCAUAUCAUCGCCAAAGCCCAAGAGAGCCUAAAAAAGCCCAUGAGAAAUGUCAGGGCCCAAAGCAUCAAGUUCGGGAUCAUCCAAGGUGUCUCCCUCUGCCUGUGGAACAUCGCACACGCGGUCGCCUUGUGGUACACUACUCGUCUAGUGGAGCGACAUCAAUCCUCCUUCAAGGACGGCAUUCGAGCGUACCAGAUUUUCUCCCUCACCGUGCCUUCCAUCACCGAGCUAUGGACGCUGAUUCCGACGGUCGUCUCGGCCAUGAAAGUCCUAUCCCCGACGUUCGAGACGCUCGAUCGGAAGACCGAGAUCGACCCCGACUCGCCCAAAACGGAUGACGCGCUCAAGAGGGUGACGGGAAGAAUUGAGUUUCGGAACGUGGAGUUCAACUACCCACUACGCCCAGAGGUGGCCGUGCUCAACAACUUCAGCCUGGAAAUCGAACCCGGUCUAAAAGUGGCACUGGUCGGACCGAGUGGAGCUGGGAAAUCAUCAGUUCUGGCUCUUCUUCUCAGAUUCUACGACCCGUUGAAGGGAAGCGUCCUGGUCGACGGGAAGGACGUAAGAGAGUAUAACCUCAGAGGACUGAGGAGGCAAAUUGGAUUGGUACAGCAAGAGCCACUUCUAUUUAGCUGCUCGAUUCGGGACAACAUCGCGUACGGCAGCGAGCAAGCAACGGAAGCAGAAGUGAUUCAAGUUUCCAGGGAAGCCAACAUUCACGAGUUCGUCAGCAAUCUACAAGAUGGGUACGAUACGGUUGUUGGGGACAGAGGGUGCCAGCUGUCAGGAGGGCAGAAGCAGCGAGUCGCCAUUGCAAGAACUCUGCUCAAGAGGCCGGCGAUAUUGCUCCUGGAUGAGGCGACGAGUGCUUUGGACACCGAGUCUGAGAGGUCAGUGGUGAAUGCUCUGGAGAUGAUAAAUGAGAGCAACAACGCAUCGUCCUUGUCGAGGAUCACGCAGAUUACUGUGGCACACAGGCUUUCCACGAUUAAGAAAUCGGAUGUCAUAGUGGUGAUGGAUAAAGGGGAGAUCGUGGAGAUGGGUACUCAUGCUACUCUUUUGAUGGCUACGGCUGGAGUGUAUUCCAGAUUGUAUGAGCUUCAAAACUUGGGAUAGAUUCAUAUAUAGCAUCAUAUAUAAGUAAACAUACUAUUACUAUAGUACUGUUUCUGACUAGUAAUAAUCUAUUGAAUUUUUU